AUGGCUCAAAUCUACAAGGGCAACAUAUGUCCCGAUAUAGGGACAUUCAACAACAGAGGCAUGGAUACCAUAGUCACUAUCCCCGACUUUCUGGCCAGCUGGCCGGCCGAGAAAGGAUGGCCUUGGCGGGUAGAGCUGCACCCAGAAUCCGAAAGCAUCAAAAGCGAGGCGGAGAAAUGGAUGCGGUCCUUCUCGGGAAUUCCGGCAAGCUUCGUCAACAAGAUCAUCGCCGCCAGCUUCCCCGAGAUAGCUUGCAUCAACUAUGCGCACAUGGACAGGGCUUCGUGCCUUCUAGCAGCGCAAGUGAUGCUUCUAUUCUUUGUCAUAGAUGAGACGACGGAUACCGGGGACGAAGAGGAAGUCCGAAGGCAGUGCUCAAUCGUCAAGGACGCGUUCUCCUUUUCGGGUGCUGUCCACAACCGGCCAAUGUCCUCAGAGCACCUGUCAUCUACGGAGCUCAUGGCAAAAGACGUUGCCGAGAGUUACCUCGCGGUAGGCACCAAGGAGUCUUGGCAACUCUUUAGGGACUUGUUUGCCGAUUACUUGGACGGCGUCGUUGAGGAGGCGGGCCUUCGCCACAGACUGCCCGCACUACCUAGCCGGAAUGAGUACAUGGCCGUGCGUCAGAAAACGACUGGCAUGUAUCCGAGCAUAGCAUUCCUUCUGAUCAAGUGCGAGGUGCGGCGCCAGGUUUGGGAGGAGCCUGCGAUUCAGUCUCUCAUGGACAUGUGCUUCAAAAUUAUUAUCAACCAGAAUGACAUGUACAGUUUCGACAAAGAGCAGGCCAAGGGCGAGGACAGCCAUAAUGGUGUCAGGAUCAUGAUGAACGAAUUCGAUGUUGGAGUACAAGAAGCCAUGGAUCGACUAGGUGCGGAGACCCGGGAGCUUGUCAGCCACUUUAUCGACUUGUCCGACAUUCUGGCUACAAUAGAAAGAAUGAAGGACUACGAACAACAGCAAAGAUUGCUUGAGGGCUGCAUCGCAUGGAUAAUUGGCAUGGACGUCUGGUCGCUUCAUGUCACGACGCGCUACCAUGGCCAAGGGGGAUUGAAUAAGUACAGAGCCUACACGCCCGGGCCGAAACGGGUGUAG